AUGGGGUGUUCAGGUGGUGAGGAGAGAGAGGAGGAGAAAGGAUGGUCUUCAAGUAAUAGCUGUGAGAAGACUGUCGUUUACCAGAGAUGUCGUUUACCUAUUCAGGACCCAAGCACUGACAACAACACGUACCCUCAAUUUAAAGCUCGUGAAGCAACUGUUCUCAAGAAAAAGCCAUUUAUUCCAAGCCUACCCGAUAAACGUGUGGAACGAGAAGAGUUUGACAGAAAAAUGAAGUUGCGUGAAGCAGAACUGGAACAGCAAAGGCAACACAUCAAGGAGAUGCAAGCUGAGAAAGAGCAAAAAGAAAGGGCGAAAUGCAGAAAACUGGCGUUGAGUAAGAAAGUGACUGAUCCAGUAACUCCGCUUCUGCAUCAGAAAAAGUCUGGGAAGGGUGGAUAAAUAAAAUAAUUCGAGUUUUCACCUAUUUAGAUCUUUUAAUUUGUUUGUUUUGUAUUAAUAAAAAAUGUAUUGUAUUUUAUAGUGUUAGAAUCAAAAUUAUAUUUGAAUUUAAAAUAAUAAUUAUUAUAAAAUAUUUUUCGAAGGAAUUAAAUUAUUGUGAUGAUAAUUCAACCGGACUAUUAUUUAUCUUGGUGAAACAUGAAAUGAUGCAGGUAAAUAAAGUAAAGGGUCGAAUGUUGCAUAUGUGUAAAGUCUCUAUUCACACGUAAUAUAAAGGUCAUAAUUAGGUUUGUUAGCGCACAUGCGCAGAUUUGAAAGAUUGUAGACUACGGCAGAAAAGGCAACAAAAGCCCUCUCUUCUGCUACGGCCACGCUAGGGAAAAGACCUAUCAUGGAACGGAACUCUUGUACUUAAAUCCGGAAAUUAAAUAAAGCCUUUGAACACGUUCGGUAAUCUUUUAUUCAAAAGUUAAGUCAUUACAUUUGGCGACGAGGAAAAGUUGGAAAAACGCGAGUGAUUUUGGCUUUAAAAAAAAAAAAAAAAAAAUUAAAAUUCUAUUUCGGGUACGGCACGGUUAAACGAAGAUGGCGACGGGCACCAUUCCAAAGUUCUACGAAUUCAAUUCAAACGUGGACGAAUGGGAAAUUUACAUCGAGAGGCUUCAGCAACAUUUUAUUGUCAACCAGGUAACUAAUGAAAAAAUCAAAGUUGCCGUUUUGCUAAGUUCCAUCAGCCAAGCCACUUACAAAUUACUAAAAAACUUAACAUACCCCAACGCUCCGGAUGCAAAAAAUUUUGAGGAAUUAUGCAGAUUGCUCAAAACCCAGUACUCAGUGCAAAAAAGUACCUGGCGAGAACGCAUUAGAUUUUACCAGAUGACCCAAGGAAAUUCAAGCAUUGCCGACUGGCACGCCGACAUUAGAGCCGCUGCCACUACAUGUGAUUUCGGAAAUCAACUUUCAGACAUUGUCAAGGACAAAUUCAUAACGGGAUUGUCUCCUGGAAAGAUCCUGGACCGUCUAUGUGAAGAAGAUAUCACGAAAGGAUUCAAGGACUUGUACUCCUUGGCCCUUAAAGCGGAAAAUGCAAUCUCCGAAGUCCAUUUUGUAGCCAGCAGAAGAGGUUACAAUUCAAGAUUCCCGCCAAGAAACGAAGGCCAGUCCGAGACGCCCUUCCUCGGCAAGUUCGACAAACGUCAGGGAGGAAAUACGCAUGUCACGCAGUCACAGCCACUACAAUUUUAAAGUAUAAAUAUUGCUAGAUUGAGGUCAAGAGUUGUGUUGGAAGCUUUGCGGCUACAGUCUUUUUGUUGCUGUGCAUUUCGAGUGUGGCAAAGUAAUUAAUUUAAUUUUGAAUACAUAUCAAUUAAAUUUCAAAAGUCAACACGCGUAGUGCACCGCAAAUAGGGUAGUUUAGAUCACUUACAGAAGUGAAGGUACAGCCUUUGUAUUUCGUUUUGAAUUAUUGUAAUCUUUUUUGGUCAAAAAUAAAUAAAGUUAAUUUGUUUAUCCUUGUCUUUUUCAGCCAAGCACUGACAACAACACGUACCCUCAAUUUAAAGCUCGUGAAGCAACUGUUCUCAAGAAAAAACCAUUUAUUCCAAGCCUACCCGAUAAACGUGUGGAACGAGAAGAGUUUGACAGAAAAAUGAAGUUGCGUGAAGCAGAACUGAAACAGCAAAGGCAACACAUCAAGGAGAUGCAAGCUGAGAAAGAGCAAAAAGAAAGGGCGAAAUGCAGAAAACUGGCGUUGAGUAAGAAAGUGACUGAUCCAGUAACUCCGCUUCUGCAUCAGAAAAAGUCUGGGAAGGGUGGAUAAAUAAAAUAAUUGGAGUUUUCACCUAUUUAGAUCUUUUAAUUUGUUUGUUUUGUAUUAAUAAAAAAUGUAUUGUAUUUUAUAUAUUUUUUUUGAAAUGGCAUCGACAUUUAUAUGUUGUAAAAAUAAACCACAGAAAAGUUAUUUAUGUGUGAUUUGCAAAAAUCUUAUGCAUAAAAGCUGCAGCGAAAGACGGAACAUUACAGUGAUAAACAACAAUCUAAUUUGGUGUUCCGAAAAAUGUGCCGAAGAUGCUGUUAAAUCCGAGGACAGUGCUACUGAAGCUAUGCGAGAAUACGAAGAUACGAUUCAAAAGCUAGAAAAGGAAAUACAGGAGAAAGACAGGUAUAUUCAAAGACUUAAAACGUUAAAUAGGGAUUUGGAACAGGAAAUGUUGGAAUAUGAUUACAAAAGCGAAAAAAUAAUUCUUGAACAGAGUCAGGUGAUCGUCGAACUUAAAAACGAAAUACAACAAUCAUUGGAAGAAUCUCUGAACAUAUCCAAAAAUAUAUUAAAAACUACUGUAGAUAUAGGUACUCAAACAACAUUUUUAACCCAAACAAACACGAAAACACAUUCCAUUGAAUGCCAAAAGAUAACUGAAAACAUCAACUCCAGUAAGCAACCAGAAAAAUGUUCCCACAUGCAAAGUGAAACUAUACAAACAGAGCUCAGCGAAGAGCAAAUAGAGGAGGCAAGAAUUUUAAACGCCCUCAUAAAAAUAAAUAUUGGAAAAAGCACUCAAACACCUAUAUGGCCUGAUCAAUGUACAGAAGAAAAAUCAGUUAACCACACACCUAUGAGAUCCGAACCAAAAGUGGAUACAGGAAAGCCCCAAAUCCUACUGCUGACGAAUACAAAAUUGAGAGGGGCAAGCACAAAAUUUAAAGAAUAUACAAACAAUGGCUUUGACAUCAAUAGACAAUAUAUCCAUAAAGGAACAUUUGAUGACCUGAUCGCACGCUCCCAAAAUUACAUACAUAAAAUGAAAACACAAGAUGUCCUACUACUGUUUGUGGGACCAGAAAAUGCAAUUAAAGACAAGGGCAUUACGUCAACCGAACUCCACAAUUUAUUGAAAAAUGUAAAACUGGCAAAUGUAUUUGUUGCUGCAUGUCCAUUUUCAAAAAAUAGACCAAUUUUGAAUAAAUUCAUUAAAAAAAACAACCUAGAACUGAAACAGGCAACAAAAAAUUCUAACAUCACUUAUAUAGAAACACCAAAAAUAGUCAAAGCACAAACAAUAACUACAACUAUCUGUUGGGAACACCAAUGCUUUAACAACCUAAUUAAACAUGUCUGUGAAAAGCUAUGUACCACUGAAGGCAACACAAAGAUCCAGGACACUCCAAGAAAAGCUGCAUUGAAUGAAAAUAAAGAGUUUGAGCUACGCCUACAGAAACUACGACAAAAUACAAGCUAUAAACAGACACCGGUGGAACAAGACAAACGUAUCAACGUUAUUCAAAACAUAAGAGUAAAAUCGCCCCGAAAAAUAAAGCAAAGCAUGCCUGAAAUGCAACAAACUCAAAAAACGAGUCCAGUUGCAAGGAGGAAUUGUUUUUUUUGGUACCCAAGACAUAAUGACACAGGAUGGCAACCAAUGGAAUGCUCAACCCAGGCUUGCUAUUGCAAAAAGUAGACCGCAGAAGAGCGACCAGAUACUGGGUAUUUUCCAUCAAAAUAUACAGUGUUUGAAAACUUCGACGCUAGAACUGGAAGCACAUUUAAAAACUCUGGAAAAUUAUCAACAGGUUUUAUGCAUGUCUGAACAUUGGAUGAAGCCGGAAGAGGUUAAUUUGACGAAGAUUCGAGGGUACAACAUGAUUGCUCACUUUACCAGGAUACACAGUAUAAGAGGAGGAACCUGUAUCUACGUUAAAGAAGAACUAGAAGAUUUUGAAGAGCUGAAAAUGUUUGAAGACUAUAACAUUGAGGGCAACUUGGAAAUUUGCUCAAUUAUCAGUAAGAUUAGGAAAGUAGUAAUUUUUUGCAUAGAUCGUGUUUGGGGAACUACAAUAUAUUUUAUCAGAUCUUUGAAAUUUUGGUCAGAAAGGCUUCUGAAAGGUUCAAAAACUACAAAAUUGUCUGGGCGGGCGAUUUUAACAUCAAUUUCUUAACACAGAAUAACUAUUUAACAAGAGAAGAAAUAAGAAACAGAAACGAAAUGCUCGAUCUAUUUGGAACAUAUAACUUUCACCAAACAAUUUUUGACAUAACUAGGCCAAAUAAGAACAAAAAAUCGUGCAUUGACAAUAUUUUUGUGAAUUCACAAAAUUUCUGUAAUAAUUAUGUAAUAAAAACAGGAAUAGGUGAUCACCAUGCUCAGACAGUAUCAAUAAAUAUAAGCAGCAUUUGUAAACUUAAAGAGUCUUACUUUACAGGCAGAACAUUUUCUAUUAAUAAACUCACUCAAUAUCAAGAGACAAUUCAAGAUUGUACAUGGGCGGGGGUAUUUCGGGAAAGAGAGGUAGAUGGCGCAUACAAUUCAUUCAUCACAACAAUCACUUACUACCUCAACCUAAUUUUUCCAAAAAAAACAAGGAAAAAUAAAACAAAUAGCAGUUACAACUGGAUUACUACAGGCAUAAAAACAUCCAUUAAAAACAAGAGAACAAUAUAUGAACUCUACCUAUCAGGACUUGCAAGUAAAAGCUUUUAUAAAGAAUACUCCAAAAUACUCAAGAAUGUAAUUAAAAAAGCAAAAAAACUCUCGAACAAAAUGCAAAUUGAAAAUUCAGAAAAUAAAACUAAAACUACCUGGAAUCUCAUAAAAAAAAUCACAAACGAAAAAAACAAAGAUCAAUCAAUUUUCAACAACUUUCAAGAAAAAGAGACCCCCGAAUUUUUAAAUAAAGUUAAUUCGUUUUUCCUAAGCUCAUGUCAAAAUUUAACUCACAACUCCAAACCUGAAAACAGUAGCUGCUUAUUAUUGAAUAAAAAAAGCUUUGACUUUAAGCCAAUAAACCCUGAACAGGUAGAAAACAUCAUCAAAGACCUAAAAAACAAAAAAUCAGUUGGCACUGAUGAAAUUCCAGUGAGUCUACUAAAGCAGACUUCAAACAUAAUUUCAA